AUGCCUCCCAAGACUGCAAAGGCAGCUCCCGCCGGCGACGCCGGAGAUGGUCGCAAGCAACCCACUGCCCAAGAGGCUUACUUGUUCUACACAAUCAUCAAGAACAUGAAGGGCAAACCCGAAAUUGACUGGGCCGCAGUCGCUGUCGACGCCGGGUUCAAAAAUGCUGAGACAGCCAAGGUCCGCUACGGACAAAUCAAGCGCAAACUCGGCCUGGACAACUGGAACGCCGGAAAAGCGAAGGACGCUAAGGACGAGGACGCCGGCGACGAUGGCGCGCCAGAGACCCCCGCGGCCGCGCGCAUCAAGAAGGCCGCAGCAACCCCUUCCACCGGCGGCACCGGUGCUGGCGUCAAGAAGCGCGCGAACACCGGCAAGCGUGCCACCAACUCGACCCCCGGCGGCCGCUCCCGCAAGGCUAAGUCCCAGGCUCUCAUCAAGAUGGAAGUGGGCAUGGACCAAGACCUGAACCUCGAGGAAGAUGAGGACGUGCUGGCUAUUGAAUCGCCCACCAAAAAAUCUGGCAGCCGCAUCAAAAACGAGUUCGGGGCGGUCGGCCACCAUCUCAACGUCAACAACGAAUUCGACACCUUCCCUGCCACCCUGCCCGACGCCGUCCUCGAGCGUCAGGCUAUUCUCGUCUACGUCAACGGCACUUGGACCACGUCUCCCGUGCCCAUCGAGGUCCACGCCCAGUGGCUCGCCCGACUGCCGGCGCAUAUCCAGACCCGCUUCUACACUCAGGCCUCCGGCGCCAACAUGUCUCAGCCCGCCGACAACGGCAACGGCAAUGGCUUUCUCGCCAAUGAUGAUAACGACAACAACCCUAAUAUCGAUGCGGCCGCCCUCCAAGCCCAGUUGCUCAACGAGCACUUUGGCGGCCCCAACAUGCUGAGCAGCAUGGGUAUGUCGAUGUGCAUGGCUGGCGUCGAGGUCGGCAACUACGUUAGUGCCUCGGCUACCGGCGUCGGCCAAGGCCACGGCAACGGCGACGACAAUGGCAAUCGCAACAACGGCAACCAAGCCGUGGCUGCGGCAGAAGUCGACCUGCACUCGAUUCCCAUGCACCCGGGCUACAUGGCGCAGAUGGAGCGCGAAGCGCGCGAGCAGGAGGCACGGGACCAUGCCAUGCUGUUUGGCAACGGGAGCGGGUUCUGCUAA